ACUAAUAUUUUUUUUUAUUUCUAUUCAUUAACAAUUACAAUGUUUAGCAACAAUAUAUUUGAUUACGAGUUCUUAUCAGCAUUAAAAGAUGGCAAAUUUGGGACACUUUACAGAGUAAAUUAUAUUAAAGAAAAGCAAUUGUAUUUUGCAAAAAAAUUCUCGCUAGAACAAAAACGUGACGAGUUAAAUAUUUUAGGCAAAGAACUCUUUCAUUCCCGGCAAUUUAAGCAUAUUAACAUAUACACAGCUCUCCACAGUUUUGUCAGUGGAUUUAAUGUUUAUAUAUUAUAUCCAUUCAUUCGUUAUGGAAACUGCGAAAUGCUACUGGAAAAUGUAUUCACCGCUGGAUUUCCGGAGACAUUGAUAGCCUUGAUCCUGAAAGAUAUUCUGUCGGCUCUCUUGUACAUACACACCCAUCUCUUUGUCCAUGGAUCCAUAAGGGCAUCAAAUAUAUUAUUGGACGGAAAUAGGGCAUUACUCGCCAACUUCCAAAGCUGUCGCAGUUUCAUCGAUCAUGGAAAGAGGAAACCCAUAUUACAUGGUAUUCUGCCGGGCGUAGAGGAAAACUUAAAUUGGAUUGCACCCGAAGUCUUGGAUCAGAAUUUAUGUGGCUUUACGGAGAAAUCGGAUGUCUACUCUCUUGGCAUCUGUUCCUGUGAAUUAGCAAAUGGAUUUCGACCCUAUCUAGAUGCACAACCUACCUUAAUGUAUACGGAAAAGAUUCGUGGAAAUAUUCCAUCUCUGUUGGAUAGAUCAACAUUUCUGGAUGUUCAAGGAACUGUGCCUUACAAUUAUUUCAAAGGAACAAAACCUCAAGAGAACUAUAGCAAACGAACGUUUUCCGAUGACUUUCAUCAGUAUAUAGAGAUUUGUUUAAAUCGCCAUCCUUCAAGUCGAUGGAGUGUUAAGAAAUUAAUGACACACUCAUUCUUUAAACAAUGUCGUCAUUCAUGCAUCUCGGAUCAGAUAAUGAAUAUGGGCAUCGACUUUGAUGAGCAAUUCACAGGAAAAGAUACGACGACCCAUGGAGAAGUGGACGUUUGCAUCAAUCACUCUACGGAUAUACAAUGGAAUUUUUAGUUAGCUAAAUAAAUAAACCAAAAAACUAAAGUAUUGUAAUUUGUUGUUGUAACCAAAAUAGAUUAGACCAGAAUGUUAACUUUUAAAGUUGUGAAUUUGUAAAAUAAAAUCCUAUGAACUGCGUUUCUUAGGGAUUGAAAUAAACAAUCGAUACAAACGAAAAUUUUAAAACUAA